CAUGUCUUUUGAACAUAAAUAAACAUUUUGCAGGUUCAGCCCAGUCGAGGCCUGAAGAUAAUGAAGGUAUUAAUGAAGAAAGUGCUCCUCCUAACAAGCAGCCAAGAAUCAGCAACCCUGACGAUCAGGCUGGAGGGUCUGGGAUCGAAGAUGUAGCUGCAAAAUGUCCUGUGCCUACCACUUCUGGUUCAACCACAGGCACAAAGAUUGAUUUGGGAACUGUUGUCAAAGAUGCUGCAGGCUCUUGGGAUGUUUUGAGGCGAUUAUCGCACGAAAUUACAGAUGAAAAAAGAAUGCAAUACCUUACAUUACACUGCAAACCUUCUGAGUCUGAUAUACUUCAUUCUCAUCAAGUUACCAAAGGAAAGAAGACAUGGAAAGUUUCUUUUCAAUCGAAAUGGCUGAAACAGUUCCCAUGGCUUUGCUACAGCUACAUACUUGAAGGUGGGAUUUGUAGUCACUGUAUCUUAUUUCCUAACAAAGUUACCAAGGGUACAACACCAGGUGUAUUGGUCACAGUACCGUACCAGAAAUCUUACACUAAGGCACUUGGCAAGGAUGGCAUCCUCAACUGUCAUGAGCAAUCUGCGAUGCAUAGAUACGCAACUGAACAGGCAGACCUCUUCAAACAAACUUUUCAGAAUCCUGAGAGGUAUAGAGUAGAUUCCCAGCUGGCGACGGCCGAAGCCAAUCAAGCCACAGAGAACAAAGAAAUUCUACGACAGAUUGUUCUAGCUGUUGAGUUUCUAGCAAAGCAGAGUCUGUCCUUUAGAGGACAUCGUGAUGAUCGUGUCGAUUUUUCAAGUUAUGAAACUAACAGAGGAAACUUUGUUGCUCUACUUCAAUUACUUGCGAAAGGAAACGAGCCUCUUCAGAAGCACCUCAUGUCAGCAAGCCGACAAGCAAGAUAUACCAGCAAAACUAUUCAGAAUGAGGUCAUUCACGUGUAUUCAUCAAAAAUUAAGGAAAGGCUGACAGCAGAGCUGAGGGACAAGGGCCUCCCUUUCACGAUUAUAGCAGAUGAGGGUACAGAUCCACACUCAAACCAGGAGAUCUUAUCUUUAUGCCUGAGGUUUGUGGACCAGUCUUCGCCAAACGAUCCUCAUGUCAAAGAAUGCCUGAUUAGUUUUAUGCACUUACAACGAACAAAUUCCACCAUGAUUUCAAGGAAGAUUUUGGAAUCUCUCUCUGAUCCAUCUGUUUCUUUGGAUCCUAGCAACAUCCGUGGUCAGGCAUAUGAUGGAGCUUCUGUUAUGUCAAGUGGAAAGGAAGGAGUGCAGGCUAAGAUAAAAGAGUUCAGUCCGUUGGCUCUUUUCACGCACUGCUAUGCUCACUGCCUAAACCUCUCCAUCGCAGCAACAUGCAAACUGGCAGAAGUGCGAAAUUUGAUAGGUCUGAUUAACGAAGCAUAUCUUUUUUUAAAUAACAGCCCGAAGCGACAGCAGCUGUUUGAGUUGACACUGAAAGAAUACCUUCCUGAGAAUUCUCACAGCAAGCUUCCAGGUCUAUGCAAGACACGCUGGGUGGAAAGGCACACAUGUCUAGAUGUUUUUCUUGAAAUGUAUGAGAUUCUUCUCACAUUUCUUGAUGCUAUUGUUGCCCCCCACGAAUACCCGAAUUUAAAAUCAUCUACUGGAAGCUGGAACUGGGACAAGGAUACCAUCACAAAAGCCCAGGGACUGAAAGCCUCUUUGUCGUCAUUUCAGACAGUAGUGGUUUUCAUUACAACCAAGAAUAUUCUUGAUGAAGUCAAAGCUCUUGCAUCAAAGCUGCAGAAACGGGACCAAGAUAUUUAUGAAGCAUACAUGAUGGUUGAUGAAGUAAUUGGAAACAUCAAGUCUGCUAGAAAAAACAUUGACAGCGACUUUAAAGUGUGGUACACAGAAGUAUUAAACCUUGCCGAGAAACUGGGAAUCGUGGAAGCCGUACCCAGGAAGACAAGCAUACAGAGGAACCGCUCAAACAUUCCCAGCUCUAGUCCAAUUGAUCAUUAUAAAAAAUCUGUGGCUAUUCCCCUCCUUCAUUCCUUGAUUAGUCAAAUGGAAGACCGGUUUUCUGUCGAAGACCGCCACGCACGCCACUUGCUUUAUCUUGUUCCCUCAAUCAUAGUUCAAAACACCAUGGAGCUAUCUGAAGCAACAAAAGGCAUGCUGUUCUGGGAGAAUGACCUUCCUUUUCCCAAAUCCCUUGGGAAUGAGCUGCGAAGAUGGCAAACUAUGUGGCAGUCAACAGAGAAGGACCUCCCAAACAAUCUUUUAUUGGCACUUGGCGCGUGUGACGAGGAUGCUUUUCCAAACAUCCAUCGUCUUCUACUCAUCGCAUGCACCCUACCAAUCAGUAGUGCGGAAGCUGAGCGGUCCUUUUCGCUCAUGAAACGGAUCAAGACCUGCACCAGAUCAACGAUGUCUGAAGAGCGCUUCUCAGACCUUGCUGUAAUUGCGAUGCAUUACCCUGAGAGAUUCGAGGUAGACGAGAUCUGCGAGGCUUUUGUAAAAGCCCAUCCAAGAAGACUUUUUCAGGCUUCGUUGUUUGAUUAAUGAGGUAUGCUAAUGCAGUAGAAAAACGACAACAACUGCUGGACAGUUCAAUCAUACAUUAUUAUUUUUUAAUUUCUGUCUGAGAAAUAAGAUUAAUCCCAGAUUUUAUAUCAUGCCUUCACAAAAUCUAAACAUCAUAUUUUUGGGGGACAGGUAUGACACUGGAACUGUUAAGAGCUCACGCCAGAGGCAUGGGGCCAUCACUCGCCUUCUGCCAUUGGCGAUAAAAGUGUACUACAAUAAUGUACAAACGGGCCGCCGCAAGGGUUUCAAUAAAAGCCGGUUACCGGCGGUUUACUGCCGCCUGUCAUGCCUCUUUCAGCCGUCUAUUCACAGUUUGUAAUUCUUAGUCUCUCUUCUACUAGAACUAAACUAAUAAGUAAUGCAAGAAAGCAACGGAAGAAUUCUAGAACGGAAGACAACGUCAAAAAAAACACUCUUUCCAACCUUGAAAUACAGGCUACAACAACACGCCUUUUGAUGCCCAGAAUGCUGGAAAUUGCAUUUCCGAGCUUCUAGAUUUCAAAUUUUUCUGGGGGGGCAUGCCCCCAGACCCCCCUAGUUGGAAGGGGCCUUGCGGCCCCUUCUAAAUCACCGACAUCUGUACAACCCCCCCUUUCAGAAAAUCCUGGAUCCG